ACCACACGAGAAUACUACUUUUAACACUUCACUUUCUUACUUUCCCUUCUCCUUUUUCUUCUUUAUGGUUUGCAGGAAUAUGUGAAAGAAAGAAACAUACUCAUCUCACCUUGGUAGGUAGGGCUUUCACAGACAAACUUUACUUGUAAUAGGAGUUUGAAAGUAAUAUAAGGAUAACCUAGUUUGUUCUUGAAACCAAACCAAACCAAACUAGUGAGUCAUGGAUGGUUAUGAAGCUACUAGGACAGUGUUUUCAAGGAUCCAAAAAAUGGACCCUGAAAAUGCAUCUAAAAUCAUGGGUGUACUUCUCAUUCAAGACCAUGGCGAGAAGGAAAUGAUAAGGUUAGCAUUUGGUCCUGAAUCACUUAUUCACUCUCUCAUUUUCAAAGCUAGAAAAGAGUUAGGACUACCUUGUAGUAAUAACUCUCCACCAACACCUUCCACCCCUCUAUCACCAUCACCUUUCCUCUCAAGGCAAAACUCAUCUUCUUCAAGGCUUACUAAUGGUUUCAACCUUCCUCCUUCUCUAACCAUCCCAAACCCUUCUUCUUCUUCCUCUUCAGCUUCUUGGGCUACCAUGUCUGACUUCCAUAACCAUGAUGAUUCAAUGAUGAGCCCCAACAAUAUGCCUUUAGCCUCUUCUGCUACUUCACCUUUCUAUCCAAUUGAUGAUUUCCAACUCCAAGACCAACUUUCUUUCUUGAAUGAUGCUUCUGAUUCUAGUACUCUCUUUCCUUCCUAUGGUUGGGGAGGUAAUUCUCUUCACAGGAGGAGUUGUUCUGUCAAUGAUGCUUGUUUAGGUUCUGAGGAUCCAAAUUCUGGUUUAGGGUGGAAGCCUUGUCUUUAUUAUGCUAGAGGGUACUGUAAAAAUGGUACUAGUUGUAGGUUCCUUCAUGGUGGACUUGGAGAUGCUGAUGCAAUUAUUGGGUCACCUAACAAAGUUGAGAUGAUGGAUCACUGUCAUGAACUCUUGAGAUCUAAAUCUAGUCAUCCACAAAGAUUGGCUACUGCUGCUGCUGCUGCUUCUCACCUCAUGGCCUCUAACUCUUUUCCAUACUCACCAAAGUGCAUGAAUUUCCUUUUACAGCAGCAACAAAAUGAUACUCAAAGAGCAGCAGCUGCAGCUCUAAUGAUGAGUGAGGAGUUGCAAAAAUUUGGAAGAUCAAGGCUUGAAAGAAAUGAUUUUUCUUUGAAUAGUCCUACUGGAAUGAUUAACCCAGCUUCAAGACAAAUCUACUUGACUUUCCCAGCUGAUAGUACUUUCAGAGAGGAAGAUGUUUCCAAUUACUUCAGUAUUUAUGGUCCUGUUCAAGACGUGAGGAUCCCAUAUCAGCAGAAGCGUAUGUUUGGGUUUGUUACCUUUGUUUAUCCAGAGACAGUGAAGCUCAUUUUAUCUAAAGGAAACCCUCAUUUCGUUUGCGAUGCUCGUGUACUCGUUAAGCCUUACAAGGAGAAGGGAAAAAUUCCAGACAAGAAGCAGAUUCAGCAGCAGGUAGAUAGAGAUUUUGAUUUUUCACCAUGUGGAACUCCUACUGGACUUGAUGCUAGAGACGAAUAUGAUCUUCAACUUGGUGGAAGAUUGUUUUAUAAUACUCAUGACAUGUUGUGGAGGAGGAAGCUAGAGGAACAAGCUGAUCUACAGCAAGCAGCUCUUGAGCUACAAAGUAGAAGGUUAAUGGGUUUGCAACUUCUUGAUAUUAAGAAGCAACACCAACGUGCACUUUCUACUGGAAGUCCAAUUCCUUCUCCUACUCAAUCUCCUAACAUGUUCAAUCGAACUCUUGUUCUUCCUCCUUCUUUUCGCAGAAGCUCAGAUUCCUCAGAGGAGAAUGGUUCAAGUUUUGCUCCAGCUACUAGUACUGCUUCAGAAAUUUCUGGUCAACAUUCAGUCAAUGGCUAUGUGGUCAAUAGUGAAGGCAAUGGAAAUGGAAAGCAAAGUUCAAGUCAGGAUGAGGAGAUUGAUUUGCAAGAAAGUUUGGAGCACAACCUUCCUGAUAGCCCUUUUGCUUCACCUACAAAAGCUGCUGGAGUAGACUUAGUGCCUCCUUUCUCUAAUGGACCUUAUGAGGCUAUUGAUUCAGAUCCAUCUGCUAACUCUAAAUUUGGCACUAGUAGUAAAUUACUUUCUACAUCAGCAUCGCCUCUUGAUAGUAUGACCUCUUUUAAAUCCUAUAAUAACUGCCAAUUACCAAGGUUCUCUUCCGGCCAUGGAACUAUUGGAAUGUUUGCCGGCACCGGCGGUCCGAUUGGCAUUUAGUUUUCCUUAUGUUUAGGAAAAUGAAGCAAAGAUGAAUAAAGAAAAGCUUGACAUCCAACAACAAAUCUAUAGAGAAUCAGCAGCAGCAAAGAUGCCAACACCAUCACCAUCAAUCAUCAAUACUAUACUUGUUACUACCAUACAAAAUCCAUACGUAAAAAAGUAGUUUCAGUAAAGGAAGUGGGGCAUGGCAUUUCCUUUUCUUAGCAUUAUUGUAGUACCAUUUUAUAUCUCACUAGUAGCUGAACCACACGUUAAAAUAUUAAAUUAAAUAACACAAAAUAUCAGAGUCAA